GGCUGUGUGCAAAAUUAUACAAAUAGCCAUUUUUUUUCUAGAUCUGGGUAUAAAAGGAUCAAAUGCAGUUAUCAUUUGACUGCAGAAGUUCUGAUACUACUUGGUACUGGGUUAUUUUGGUUCAUACCUUAUUAUUGAGGUAUUGAGUACCGAUACCCAGCCCCCUGCCCCAAAAUAAAAUAAACUCAGACAUAAAUCACAUUCCUUGUUCCAGUUUUAGCACUUGAUGGGUUAUGAUGAAGGAAAAAUGUGAAGGAGAAAUACUGGUUUAUCAGGUAUGUGAAAUGCACUCAUUUUGAACCUGUCAGUGAAAUGGAAAUUUACAAUCAGAAAAGUUUUUUUCCCCAUACACACAGUCUGAAUUCCCUUCAUCUUGCAGUAAUAUUUGUUAAGUAGAACCAAUGCCAUACAUUUCCAUAAAUAGGAUCAACUAAUGAGAAGAAGUUUAACUUGACAAUAUAUAAAAAAUGUAAUGUGUUUCAGCCUUUUGCUCUAAUAGAGCUGAUGUCACUAUUCAGCAGAAGAAAGUAAGACAAGCCCUCUGAGAACAAUGGUUAAUCUUUUAACUGUGACAUUAUUGGAAACCAGUUUACUUCAAAGUUACUUAAUAAGUUUCCGUGCACCCCCCUCCCAUCUCAGGGUCAUGUGACCUCUCUGAAUCCAGUGACAUUGCUGAAGCAGACACUGCGAAUCUGUUGGGAUUAGCCUCCACAGUCAACAUACUGACCAGACACAACACACACCCUCACCGAUGGCCACUGCCCGCAAACACCAGCACAUCAGUAGUUAAGUAGCCUUGUGUGACACACAUUAGGGACCUGUGAUCCCCUCCCUAUGGCAUCCCUGGAGGAAGAGCUGACCUGCUCUGUUUGCAGAGAUAUCUUCAGCCAAGCACCCCCCCUGCCCUGCGGUCAUAGCUUCUGCCCUGCCUGCAUCCGUGAAGCCUGGAGCAACCCAGAUGAGGGCAAGGGUCACUUUACCUGCCCCCAGUGCCAGGAGGAGCACGGCGAAGUGCUGUGUGACUGCUGCCCUCCCAAGGAAGAUGAAGCAUUGGCUCCCUUGGCUGUCAAGACUUGCCUGAGGUGUGAAGUGUCGUUGUGUGCUGAACACCUCCAGCCGCAUUUGGAGAGACCAGCGUUUAGCACCCACUUGCUGGUGGAUCCACUGGGGGACCUUUCUCAGCGAAGGUGCCCGACACACACAGAGAUAUUCCGCUACUACUGUGCCGAUGAGAGGGCGUAUUUGUGCGGUGACUGUCUGCUGGACGGAGCCCAUGUUCAGCAUAAAGUGAAGGCGCUGAGACAGGUGGAAGAGGAUCUAAAGGUCAUUCUGCAGACGCUGCUCCAAAAAGCAGAGGAGAAGCUGAAAGAUGGAGAGCGAAUCCUCAAAGAGCAUGAAAAUUUUGAUUCCACCAUGGCUGACUCUCUGAGGGAGGACAACACCCAGGUGGAGCGCCUGGGCUCAGACCUGCAGGUCCAGGUGAAGAAUCUGGUGGUAGCCCUGAGGGAGAUUACUAAGAAGGAGAGACAGCAGGUCACUGAGCGUGUGUAUGAGGACUACUUGAAGGUGAGAGAAGACUUGAGCGAGACGCUGAGCAUCCAGCACUACCUGGCCUCACUGCUGGCAGAGACAGACCCCUUCCUGCUCAUCUGGGCCUUUCAAUCAGAUGAUACAAAGUUACUAGCAGACCUGAACAGCCCACUUUACACACCUGAUCCCGUCAGUCUGGACAGGAAGCACAUCUUGGAGGACAUAGAAAGCAAGUAUCGAGAGUUCAUCACCGCCACCCUCCGCUGUCUCAGUGACCUCAAGAGGGAGCUCUUAACCAGUCCUUUGACUUUGGACACUAACACGGCCCAUCCUCUUCUGAGCAUCUCUGAUGACCUGCGCUCAGUUACACGGGUUAAAAACCGCCUGCCUUGUGCUGCUCACCCCGACCGUUUCGACCACUGGCCACAAGUCCUCACGGCCCAGACCUUCUCAGCUGGGACUCACUACUGGGAGCUGCAGGCUGAGGGAUUCUGGGAUAUCGGCGUCUCCUACAAAAGUAUUGGACGGAAGGGGAAAGAAGGCAACGCCUUUGGGAACAACAAGAUGUCCUGGAGUUUGACGCAGCAACAUGACAGGAAGCUAGCUGCCUGGCACAACCGCAGGAAGAUCCGCCUCACAUACCAAAUGACCGGCAACCGUGUUGCCGUAGCUGUGGACUACGGAGCAGGCACCAUCACCUUCUCUGAGGUGGGGCCGUCUAACAACUUAACCCACCUCCACACUUUCUCGACCUUGUUCACUCAGCCGGUGUGCUUGGGCUUUGGACUUUACAAAGCUGAGCUCAACAGCCGUAUCUCUAUUGUAAAAGUCUGAGGUGAAAUAAAGAAGGACCAAGGAAACAACAUUGAUGAACACAGAGAAAGCCAUGCCAAGACAAACUGGUGCUGAUUUAUUUCCCAACUCUGGAACCACACAAACCUGUGCUUGAACUUUUUUCAUGAGCUUCUCUGAUGUUUCUCUCCUGUCAGCUCUCAGGCUGAGCUCGUCUUCUCACUCAAUAAAGAAUCACCUAAAACUGUGAUCAGGUGAUACUGACAUGGAAAUGAUUUCCAACAGGGAACAAUGAAAAUGGAGCUUUUAAUGCAUGAUUAUGAGUGGAUCCUGGUGGGACAGCAGGACAAUUGCAAGAUUUUUACCUUUUAUCUGCUAUUUAUUCAACAAUUAUUCAAAAAUGUGAAUGACUGACAACUAAAGAUAUUAUUAUCGUUGUUAUGUAAAAGACGGUUGUGACUUUUAGCAACCGUUGAUACCAGAAAUUUUGUCCGAUGCUGUAAACAAGCCUACCUCAGCUUGACUGAAAGUUGUCCAGGUGUUCAGGUGUGUCUACAUUCUUCAUCAGGCUGGUCAACACAUGGACACUCUAGAGCAACUGAUUUUUAUAAUCUGUUAUUCCAACCCUUUAAUAUCUUAUAAAAGAAGUUACCAAGUCACAGAGAGCACUGGCGCUGUAAAUGUUUAAAUUCACAUGAAGGUGCACAAGCAACAAGCCGGAGCAUUUGAUCCCUUUUAACUCAGCUUGAAGCCACACAAGACACUUGUUUGAUUAGAUUUUAAAGAAAAAAGGAAAACAACUGCCACUCACUCGCCAACUUUGCUCUUUGAAGCGGCUCAGAUACCCAAUUAUCUUCCUAUUUUCUUUAUGUCACUGUAAAGGUGAGUGGGCGGAUGUAACAGAGAGAGUGAGAAAGAAGCAGGCGGAAAGGGGGCUGGCUGAGAGAGAGAGAGAGAGCGAGACACACAGAGAGAGAGCGAGACACAGAGAGAGAGAGAGAGAGAGAGAUCAUAGCAUACUCUGGCUUGGUUACGAUCUGACUGCUGUGAAAUAAUGUGAUAAAGGAGCAAGAGAAAGAGGAUUUUUGACCAGAUUUUGGCACUCCAGCUGGGAGGAAACAGAUCUUUUCACCUGAUAUGGAAUACAAGAUCGUUCAAAUGGAAACAGGUGAUAACUCAUAUUUUUAUUCACUUAUAAUACUAGGAUUGUGCUGCACACUACAGCAAAUAGAUCAUUUUAGGAUACUUGUUUUAAGGUGUAUAAUAGAUAAUUUUGCAUCAAUGUGAAUCAUUUAUUCAGUCAAAAACAGCUAUAUUUGUCUGUGUUGAAAUAAGUUUCA